CCACUAGCGAAUACCCGCUGUUGUAUGUUUUUGCUAUUCUUUUGUUUUUAUGUUGCCUGUAUCGUAGGAGGCCCGGAUUGGGUCCAGUCAGAAUGCUUCUCGCCCUCACCAUCCCUUGUGUUUUCAUAGCAGUCAACCUCCUGUAACUAAACCUCGCAUUACCAGAGGAUAGUCUCAGACCCACAUAGGACGUUAAACCAAUAGUCCUUGCUCGCACACAUGAUGUUAUCAUUGGUACUGUUGCAUCCCCUCAAGUCAGGGAAACAACGCUAUGCAAUCCAGUUACAGUUAAGGUCCAAGUUCACAAAGCCACACACAAACAAGGACGAACUCAUCGAUCAGACUAUCGACCUUGCUGCACGUUUGCUGUUCAUAAUCGAUUUUGGCGAUCUACUAUACGGGUUCUCGGGAAAUGAACGACUACAAUGGGAGACUGGUCCUAUAGAGGAGUGUGUGGCGUCGCACUUCGGGCAAUUACCAUCACUAGGACAUGAAGGUGUCAAGUUCGGAAGACCGUUCAAUGCCAGCUCCUUGGUACGUGUUGCUGGGCUUGAGCUCGUUCCAACCAGCAAUCUCCUGGAUCAUCUCAGAUUGAUCGAUGAUGACACGAAGCUCAACAUCUUCUUUCGCGUAUCUUUUUGAAGCUUCAGACACAAUAGUAUGUGUGCCUUGGUCUAGCUUGCGUUACAUCAGUACUGAAUAGGAUAGCUCACUUCUGCCUCAGAGCUUGGUCGAGGAGACUUUACGAACGCUUGCGCUUCUCUUUCCACAAUCCGAUCCUACGCUGAGAAGGUGGUACCGUUGGUUACCUGCGCCGUUUGCUCUUGAACCUCAGCUUACGCACUGUGGAACCUCAAGACAAGCGACAGACAAGUCGAAAAGUUCUCCCACUGACACGACUGUCUAGUCCUACUCAAGCAAGUAUUUGUCAAGGCGACACCACGGACGCUUUCGCAAUGUGCAUUUAAUCCGAUUGAUGGAGCGUAGACGGCUG